UUACUCCAACUACGGAUUGUGCAUCGACCCAGGACCCGGAUUUUACGGACGGCACGUUUCUACCAAAACAAAUGUCACGCCGGGGAGGAAUUAUUGCCAACAUCAUACAAAAUUUUAGAAAUUCUCUCAGUGCACCAAAACUUACAACUAAAUUGGUAGGGACUGAUCACAUUGGGAACAGAUAUUUUGAGAAGGAAGACGAUAAAUCCCACAACUUGAGAGGAAGUCGCUGGGUGGAACCAGCUGAUGGUGACCAGUGGUCAGUUCCAGAUGUGCCCACUGAAUGGAAUGCCUGGUUGAGGGGGAGGAGGAAACAGCCACCGACACAGGAGGAAAUAGAUCGUAACUAUGCGCUGAUGAUGAGAACGAUACACCGAGCCAAGGAACUGGAGGAGAAGGAGGAGGGUAGCUCUUCGUCCAAGAGAGAGGAGGCUGGGGCCUCGUACACAUCUGAUGUGAACCCAGAUGAAGGCAGCAGUAGGAAGAAGUUUCCAACAUACCCUGAAUAUGAAAUCACUCCUGGCGACCUGGACAAAAGAAGAGAAGAGAAGUGACACUUGGUGUUACAGUACACGAACACCUGGUGUCAUAGCCCACUGACCCUGUGUGAGGAGCAUGUUGUACAUACUGUGUGACUGAGUAGUGUGGAAUGUUGAAAUAAACAAAAUGGAAGAACA